AUGGGCCUCUUUACAGAUACGCCUUCUACCGCUCUCAGACCCGCCUCAUCUGCUCGUUUGAAGCGCCGCUCACUUGGACGCAGCCGCCAAAGCUUGACAAGCACAGUGGCACUUCCUCAGAGUUCACAAGUUGCGGCUGCAUCAGAGCUCAACACCGACGCCGCCCAAAGUGGAAGCACAAUCUCGGCUGAAAGCAUUCAUGUUGAUCGGGCGCAAAUCAACAGUCACAACCUAAACACGCCUCCAAGGCCUGCCGCAACAUCUUCUCUCGGCCCAACAAAGUCACCUGCAUCGCAAAAGAAAGAGUACUUGGAUGAGGAGUCAGAGCUAUACCUGGCAGACUUGGAGAGCGACAACACUUUUCUCUACCUCAGGCAAGGCUCGCCCGACUCGGCGCUCGGAACCACCGCUCUGCAAUCACCAGAACCAGACUUGAUCCAACGGAUCGACACUUAUGUCGCAACACACUAUCUCGAUUGCUUCGGUAUGUCCCACUUCAACGAGCACGUCCGUCAUCACAAUCGUCUCGUGCCUUUCCUGAGCAAAGCACCGCGUUUCCUUUCGAUCCAUUCACUCAAGAGGAAGGAGCUCGAACGCGAUUACACCGACGUCGUCGAUACCGUCGAUACGUGCCCGCGUAAAGAGCUUUGCCUUGGUCGCUGUCUGCUGGGCUUUCGCUGUCCUACUCGGGAUCUGUCCUCGGCACAAGCAAGCAUGAACUGA